AUGAUCGAUCAGCAAGACAACGACAGUGGUUACUACAGUUCUGUAACAAGCGAGUCUCACUACGAGCAUGAUCUCGAUCAAGUUCUCCAAAAAGAUGAGGCGUGGUAUAUUGGAGAUGGAGAAACACCUGAAGGUCAACAUAACUUAUUUGCGGUGCUUACUCAUGAAAUUGGACAUGCUCUUGGAUUAGGACAUAGCAGUAAUGGAAAUGCAGUUAUGUAUCCCUGGUAUCAAGAUGAAAAUCUAAACCUUGAUGAAGAUGAUCUAAUGGCAAUUGAAUCCUUAUAUGGAAGAAAUCAAAAAUUUGCUCAAAUUCCUCAAAAUAUUCUAAAUCAAAUGUAUUUAACGACAACUAAAAAACCUAAGAAAUCUAAUUAUACAGCGAUAACUAAAAAACCUACUAAAACCACUCGUUCAACGACCGCUAAAAAUCUAGUAAAAUCAAAUAAUUCAACGACUGCGUCGACAGCAUCAACCGCGAUGUCUAACGUUAAGAAAUUCCCUCAGGAAUCCUCUACAAAUUUAUGUAAUAUCAAAAUACCUGAUUUCAUGUUUUUAGCUACUGCACCUAGUUUCCCUAACUAUCGAAUGUAUGUAGGACACGACACCUUUUUGUGGAAUUUAGAUUUAAAUGAUAUGCAUAUUCCACUCGCACCAGAACUCAUUGCAGAUUAUCUUCCUAAGGAACUCAGAUCUUACAACAUUUCGCAUAUCUUUCAAAACUCUGUUGGAGACUUGAUUACAAUCACUAAUCAAAUGUUGUAUGCAGUAUCGUUUCCUAAUUUAAAUAUUCAAAAUAGUUUUAAUUUACCAAUUAAUAUUAAAUCAAUUAAUGCUCUCUUUCAAACAAACAGCGGGCAGAUAUACCUGUUGUACAACAACAAUCUCUAUAUUGAAUUUAAUGAAACUGGAGAAAUACUAAAUCGUGGACAAAUAAGAGAUUUGUUUCAUGGAAUUCCAGAAGAUCUAACAUCGGCAUUUAGAUAUACAGAUGGUCAUAUAUACUUUUUCACUAACAAUACCUACUAUAAAUACAGCGAAUAUACGAAAAAAGUUGUAGAAGCAGGAUCCUUCAGCUGGAAUCUUUUUGGAAUACCAUGUCCUGAUGAUGGUCUAUUAAAUCAAUUAAAAACUAUGUUAAGAAAAAUAAUUUCUUUUUAUGAAUAA